GAAAAAGAAAAUUGUUAUUAACUUUCUUUAUGUAAAUUACUCAUCCACUGUUUUUAAUUAGUAACUACUUUUGACUCAUUACCAUAUGUUAUCGUAAAAUCUGGACCCUUAAGUUCUACUUGUCAAAUUCUGUUCAAAUUUCAGAUGGUUUAAGAGAAGCUGAAACGAGAAAAAAUCCACGGAAUGCAGGAGUUAGCAGAAUGAAUGCUGCAGCGACCACAACAGCAUCAUUCGAUUCAUCGGUUAAGAAUAAGAGUGAGCCUGAUUGGUCACUGGAAGAUGUGGACUGUGUGUUACACUGGAUCGCUGGUGGUACUAUUUCUGAAAGGAAGGGAACAGAGCUACUGAAUGUCAUCUUUGGGAAAUCUCUCUCUCGUUAUACUGUUCGUUCGAAAGUGAGAGCAUUAAAAGAAAAGGAGCGUAUAUCUGCCACAACUAAUACUGAGCUGAAAGAAAGUGACGAUAACGAUAGCGAAUCUCAAUAUCGUAUUGUGGAAGUAGAAAGUGAAAAUGGUGAUGUGAAAACAUAUACGGAGUUGAUGAAUUGCUCAGCUAGUUGUAGCGAUGUAACAUAUGAAAAUGGUGACACACUUUGGAGCACAGAUGUCUACGACUUAAGUACCAAAGAGGAAACUAAUAUAAGUAAAGUGGAAAUUACACGAUUGUUGAAUCGACGAGGCAAUUUGGGGCUUAUUGCAAUAGCAGAAAACAAUGGCUAUCGUGUAUACAGGCAAAGCACAAAACAGGCAACUCGAGUUUAUUACCGUUGUUCUCGCUGUGAUUGGCUGAAAAAGAAAAGUGGUUUGGGUCGAACGGCUUAUAUUACCAUGGUUAAUGAUGCCAUUGUUGGUACAGCACAUCCAGUGCACAAUGAGUUAUGCCAGCUCUAUACAUCAUCAGCUCUCCGCAUGAAACAGUUUGAUCGGGAAACGAAAAAAGUGGUUUUGAAAAAUGUCAAAGGCGAUGAGGAGCCAAAGGUUGGUCACAAGCGCUUGCAGUAUUGGCAUGAUACAUACUUCCAAGAAAGAACAUUUCCGGAAUAUAUCUUUGCUCAUUUUGGAGGCCCUGCUAGUUUUGAGCAGAGCUGUACACUACCACCAAAGGAAGAAGUCUGUGUAGUUGCGAACACGGCUGCUGCUUUGGGCUCAAUGGACGAUUUAAAAAAAAAUGUCUCCUGCUGAGUCAGAUCGAAAGAAAAUGCUUUUUACACGACCUAACAAUUUCCGUUGAGGCUGUUACUCACUUUUUUUCAUUUAUCAUUCUUUUGUAUCGAGAAAUAUUUUAAAUUUUUAAUCUUUUUAAUUUUACGUGCUUUUUUGCUGCGUGCUUAUUGAUCUGUGAUCAUUUUCUACCGAAAUGGUUUUUCUUCCUUCCUUUUGCAAUUACUGUGAUUUCCUUUCUGCUGAUAACCUGCCCUUUUAAAUUGGGUAUAUUUUAUUCCAAC